AAAAAAUUUGGCACGUGACAAUCAGAGUGGAAACCGAGUGCGCAGUGAGCACUGCGCCGCAGAGCCUUCCCUUCGCCUUUCAAUCUCAAGCACUGGCGGCAAACCCAAAGGCUUGUUCAAAAGGAGUGUGAGACAGUGAUGACCACGGAGGAGGAAGCGACGUCGUUAGUGCGUAACUUAGGGAUUCUGGACACUCUCAGUGACGAUUCGAUCCAAGAGAUCGUCGGGAGCUACAAUGGCUUCUGUGCGGCCACCGAGGCCCUCCUCAACGGCGCCGGAGACCUCUCCGUGGACCCCAAAUUCGUCGCUCACGUCCAUGGCCUCUGCAACCACGGCCUCCGCUCUCUUGUCCGAGACCACUUUCUUCGAGCACUAGAGGAAACCUUUGAGAAAAACGGAGCGUCAAAAUUUUGGCGGCAUUUUGAUGCUUACAGCAAUGUCGCACUCCUAUGUAAAGCACGCGAGGGUGAAGUGGAGCGGGUAUUGUGCAAAGCUCUGGAAGACAUAUGUUUGGAAAAGCUAUACCAGGAGAACUGCUUGUUGGCGUUAGUUCACGCUUUGCCCUCCUACAGGGAUCAGACAUCGGGGAGAGCCCAUCUCUUCUCUACGUACCAAUUACUCGUGUCUUCGGUGCUUAUGGCGACCCUUCCUCGGCAUUUUUCAGAGAUACUCCACUGGUAUUUUAAGGGAAGAUUGGAGGAGUUAAGUACAAUCAUGGCUGGAGAACUUAAUGGUGACAAUGAAUCUCAAGAAAAAGAUGACAUGGAUUUAGAUGAAAAAAGCAAACUUGCCUAUCGAACUGGUGAAAUGGAUAUUGAUGAAUGCUAUCACCAAGUCAGGUUCUCAGAGAACAAUAAAUUGGUGAAGAACAUUGGGAAGGUUGUUCGUGAUCUUAGAAAUCUUGGAUUUACGUCUAUGACUGAAGAUGCCUAUGCUUCUGUGAUCUUUCUGCUUCUAAAGGCUAAAGUACAUAAUCUCGCUGGUGAUGAUUACAGGAGUUCUGUUCUGGAAUCCAUUAAACGAUGGAUACAGGCUGUACCCCUCCAGUUUUUGCGUGCGCUUCUUGCUUAUCUUGGUGACUCUGUUAGUUAUGAUAGUCAUUCGUUUGGUCAAAAAUCACCUUUGGCUUCACAUCCUUCUUCAUGCUAUCCUGGAAUUGAUACUCCCUCUGAAGGACUUGUUAGAUGGCAGCUGCGGCUAGAGUAUUUUGCUUAUGAGACAUUGCAAGAUUUGAGAAUAGCCAAAUUAUUUGAGAUAAUUGUGGAUUAUCCUGACAGCUCUCCGGCUAUUGAAGAUUUAAAACAAUGUCUUGAAUAUACUGGACAACAUUCUAAGCUGGUUGAAUCAUUUAUCUCGGCUCUACGAUAUCGUUUGCUUACUGCUGGUGCCUCAACUAAUGAUAUAUUGCAUCAAUAUGUUUCAACUAUCAAAGCACUGCGAACAAUAGACCCAGCAGGUGUUUUUCUUGAAGCAGUUGGUGAACCAAUAAGAGACUACUUGAGGGGAAGGAAAGAUACAAUAAAAUGUAUUGUUACAAUGCUUACCGGUGGGACUGGUGGAAAUCCAAAUGUAUCUGGAAAUACUGGGGAUUGCCUUCUUGAAGAAUUAAAUAGAGAUGAAGAAAGUCAAGAGAAUACUAGUGUUGAUGAUGAUUUCAUCACCGAUGAGAAGCAAGCAUGGAUCGAUGCUUUACGCUGGGAGCCUGAUCCUGCAGAAGCUGACCCAUCAAAAGGUAGUAGGAACCGGAGGAAGGUUGAUGUACUUGGGAUGAUUGUUGGUAUAAUCGGUUCAAAGGACCAACUGGUCAAUGAAUAUCGUGUUAUGCUGGCUGAAAAGCUUCUAAACAAAUCUGAUUAUGACAUUGACUCAGAUAUACGUACUUUAGAACUUCUCAAGAUACAUUUUGGAGAGAGCAGCAUGCAGAAAUGUGAAAUAAUGCUCAAUGACCUGAUAGAUUCAAAGAGGACAAACACCAAUAUAAAAGCAACCAUUACUCAGCCAUCUCAGACGGGGGCUGAGCUGGGGGAAAAUGCAGUGUCCAUGGAUAUUCUUGAUGCUACAAUAAUAUCUUCAAAUUUCUGGCCUACAAUCCAGGAUGAGGCCCUUAAUGUACCCGAUCCUGUUGAGAAGCUGCUCUCUGAUUAUGCAAAGAGGUUUAAUGAAAUCAAAACCCCUCGUAAGCUUCUGUGGAAGAAAAAUCUGGGCACAGUAAAGUUGGAAUUGCAAUUUGAAGACAGGGAGGUGCAGUUCACAGUGGCUCCUGUACAUGCAGCAAUUAUUAUGCAAUUUCAAGAGCAAACAAGUUGGACCUCUAAAAGUCUUGCAGCUGCUAUUGGGAUACCUGUAGACGUACUCAAUCGGAGGAUAAAUUUUUGGAUAAGCAAGGGAAUCCUUGCGGAAUCACCUGGGGCAGAUUCUAGUGACCAUGUAUUUACCCUGAUGGAAGGCAUGAUUGAAACUAGUAAGAAUAGUGGAAACAGUGGGAGUUCUGAGGACCUUGUAGCAGGUGAUGAGGAGGGAGAGAGGUCUGUCGUCUCUGCUGAGGAUCAACUACGCAAGGAAAUGACUGUCUAUGAGAAACUUAUCAUAGGGAUGCUCACAAAUUUUGGAAGCAUGGCAUUAGAUCGAAUGCAUAAUACUCUCAAGAUGUUUUGUGUAGCUGAUCCCCCUUAUGAUAAAUCACUCCAACAGCUUCAGAGCUUCUUAUCUGGUCUAGUUUCUGAAGAUAAGUUGGAAUUAAGAGAUGGAAUGUACUUUCUGAAGAAAUAAUGAGUUGAUAGAAUUGAAACACAUCCUCCUGAAGCAUUAAGCAAUGGCACUGAGUUGAUGCCCAGAUACUUUUCCCGCAUUUUGUGAACGUCUACAGGAAAUAUUGCCAAAAUUGCAGGGAGUUUUUUCAAUCUGUAUAUAGCCUUGUGAAAUGGUGGAUCUUUGUGGCAGGAGUGUCGCGAUCGUCCCUUGUCUAGUUGGGAUAUUCAUUGAACAUCAUCCUGUUUGGUGAUUCGAGUUGGAGUAUCUUGGGGAUGUUUUCCAGUGGAUUUAUGGAGAGCGACAUUGGCCAUUCUUGAGAAAAUCACCCUUCAGCUCUCCAUGGAAAACAGCAUUCUGGUUUAUCCAUGCUCAUGGAUGUGGAGUUCUGGACAGCGUUUAAAAUUGCAGGAAGUCAGAAGAUCCUAAAGAGUGGAUACUCUUAGAGAAGGCAUGGGACUGAAUGGGAAGAAAUGGGGGAGGGUUCGCUUUCCUCUAUUGCUGACAUCUUUCGACCCAGAGCCAUUUCACUUCCUACUAGAGCCUCUUAUAUUCUGGUAUAAGAAUGAUUAGAUAAUGUGUGCAAGAUACAUUGUGUUAGAAUUUUUUUCCCUUUACCCUAUGUUGAUAAAUACCAGCGCUUAAAACUAUAAGCAUAUCCUAAGCUACAACAUGCCUGUUGGACCGACCCGAAAAUGCUUUGAAAAAAAAUAAAAAAUUGACAUAGAGUAAUGCUACUCUUCACACUAGAUUUUUAUACUAGCUUCACACUAACUGAUGUAACGUGUUUUAAAUGAAAAUGUAUUUUUAUUUUUUUUAACUGAUUGAUAUGGGAUGUCACUUAAAAUAUAAC